CACCACACGACCCGCCAGCAAUGCCAGUCACGCCCGCCGACUACCCCAAGUACAUGCGCAUUGCGCACGAGCAGGCGCUCAAGUCUCUCUCUGAGGGUGGCAUUCCCAUCGGCGGCUGCAUCGUCCACGCACCCACUGGCGACGUCCUCUCCAAGGGCCACAACAAGCGCGUGCAGGAGAACUCGAACAUCAAGCACGGCGAGACGGACGCGCUCGAGAACCUCGGGCGCGUGCGCGAGGGGCUCCUGCGCGAGUGUAUCAUGUUCACGACGCUGAGCCCGUGUAUCAUGUGCUCUGGCACCUGCGUCCUCUACAAGUUCCCCACUGUCGUGCUGGCCGAGAACGACAACUUUGUCGGCGGAGAGGACUUUCUCCGCUCGCAGGGCGUCGAGGUCGUCAACCUCAAGGACGCCGAGAUCACCAAGAUGAUGGCGGACUGGAUUGCCAGCGACGCAGGCAAGAAGAUCUGGAACGAGGACAUUGGCGAGGUCUCGGCCGAGUAGACAGACGCAAAUAGGGGACUGAGGGUUGACGUUGCCGUAGAGGAUCUUGGGAUGCAGCUUGGUUGGCUGGGCAGUCGCCGACUCACAAUACACUUCCAAAUGC